AUGACUUCACACUAUCGACCCCUCUUGCCCAGGCCUGGACCCGAAAUCUUUGAGAUGAAUAACGACUGUGCGCAAACCCCCGUGUUCCGCAAGACGCUAACAGGGGAGAUUCUAAUAUGGCUUGAGAUGGCUGCCACAGACGCAUCACAGGUGUACCCGACACCGCCUCUCGAUGAAAUACCGGAUGCGCUGCCCGACAUAGAGACGGAUGCUACAAGCACAUUCACGGAGCUCGCAACACCCCCUCUCUACGAGAUCCCGCCUGUACUAGCAAUCGACACACCACAAGACCUUGCAACACAGCCUCUCUACGAGCUACCACCGCUACCGGCAAUCGACACGUCAGAAGAACUCGCGACACAGCCUCUCGAUAAGAUACUGGAUGCGCUGCCCAACAUCAACACGAAUGCUACAGACACAUUCACGGAGCUCGCAUCACAGCCUCUCUACGAGCUACCACCUCUACUGGCAAUCGACAAGUCAGAAGCCUUUGCAACACAGCCUCUCUACGGGAUACCGCCUGUACUGGCCACAGACACAUCGCAAGACCCCGCAACACAGCCCCUCGAUGAGAUACCGCCUGUACCGUGCUACCCCAAGAAGCCUAUUCUCCACGGGCCGAAGGGCUUGCACUCGUGGGAAGCCUUCAUCCGCCGAGAGCUCGGCGGAAUGCAUCUCGAGCCUCUUGUGGACUGCACGGAUGAAGAGCUGGCCGACCUCGCCGCGAGAUGUCCCGAGGAGCACGCCCUCAACGAGGACAUCGCCUUUUUGAUCGUCGCUCGGCGUCUUGGGACGGGCAUUAGAAGGCGCUUGAAGAACGAGCGCGACUACCCAAUCAACCACGAUGGGAGUAGAUCUCCGCACCAGACCGUCAAGGAACUGUGGACUCAUGUCUUUGCCCUCUGCUGUCCGUCCCGCGACGAGAUGUGGGAAGAGCUCCGGACAAUGACGUUGGAUCGGACUCUCCACGACUACAUCAACCGUGCGCUGUGGCUCCGGAGGCAACUUCUCCGCCUGGGCGAGUAGGUCCCGGAUGGCCAGAUGCGGGAGUAUGUCCUUCGAGGAUUGAGGCAUAAUCACGGUGACCGGGGUUGGGUGGACUUGCUAGAGGACGAA